GGGUAAUAGCGCGCUGGCAGCCAAUGCCCAUCUGCGAGUAGACGGCUCGGCCAAUCAGCAGGGCGGUGGGCGGGGCCUGCCGCAGGGUCAGGCCGGGAGUGAAGGCGCUCCAUCGCUCCUUCCUCUCUCUCUCUCUCUUCCCCCCCGCUCCGCUGCUGGCUGGGACUUCUCACCGCGGGAUCCCUCCGCCGCGGACCGGCGGUGCGCGCGCGCGUGCGGUGUCCCGGUCCCCCUCCGCCUGCUCGCUGCCUUCCAGCGAGGGAUUAUUUCCCGCGGUUGUGGCGGCGGCCGCGGCGGGGCGGCUCCGGCGGGGCCCAGCGCGGCGGGACGGGCUUGCGCGGAGGAUGGCGGCAGCCGGCGCCCGGCUGAGAGAAGGAGCCGCCCCGUGAGGAAGGACGCGGGAGCGCAGAGGCCUGCUCGGGGCCGCCGGGCCCUACCGGGCGGGGACCCCGCGGCCAGGCCGCGCCUCAGCCCUCGGGCCUGCGCCGCCGCCGGCGGCCACCCUCGGGGGGGACCCGGCCCGGCCCUGCCCGCCGCCGGGGGCUGCCCCCUCGCCCCCCGGGGGGCGGGUUUGCCGGGGGGGCGCGAGCGCGGAGGGGGCCGCUCGGGGGGUGUCGGGGCGCCGGCCUUGCGGGCCCCCCUUGGGGCGCUGCCGCCCGGCCUCGCCGGCGCUGCCCCCAGCAGGGCGUGCUCCCUCCGGGCCGGGGGUAGGCGAAGCACCAUGGUGGAGAAGCGGUGCCCGCGGCUGCAGCGGGACGGCGUGUACCGCUGGUUCUCCGAGCUGCCUUCCCCGCAGCGCGUGGAGUUCCUCUGCGGCCUCCUGGACCUCUGCAUCCCGCUGGAGCUGCGCUUCCUGGGCGCCUGCCUGGAGGACCUGGCCCGCAAGGACUACCACUCCCUCCGCGACUCCGAAAUCAAGGCCAACAACCCCGCCGACCUGGGGAGCCUCACCAACCUGACGGACGAGGUGGUACGCAGCAAACUUUUGGUCUCCCUCGCCCUGCUCGGGUCUGCCCACCGAGAGGCGGCCGGGGUCCUCUUCCGUACCCUCACCCACAUCGAUUCGGUCAUCAACAACUAUGGGCUACAACUCAACGAGGGCCGCACAGGGGAUGAGUUCCUGUUGCUCUUCACCAUGGCGUCCAACCACCCUGCUUUCAGCUUCCACCAGAAACAGGUGCUGAGGCAAGAGCUCACCCAGAUCCAGAACAUCAUGGCCAGCACCAGCAAGAAUCCCAGCACCUCUACCCUCAACACCAUGGCAACCUAUCCUGGCUGCCAUAAGGUCACUCCAAGGUCCGAGACCCCCAUCAACAGUGUCAGUAACAGUUUGGAAAAUGUACUACAUACAUCAACACAUUCCAUUGAGGAGUCAUUACCCAAGAGGCCUUCGGGGAAACACUCCAAAGUGACUGUUGAAAAAGUGGAAUUAAAGGGACUGGCACACAAGAAAAAUGAAAGAAAUGUUGAAUAUUCCUUUGAGGUCCUGUGGUCUGAUUCUUCAGUGGCGACGGUAACCAAAUCUUCCACUGAAGUGACUGAAUUCAUUUCAAAGCUAUCUCAGCUGUAUCCAGAAGAAAACUUGGAGAAAUUCAUUCCUUGCCUAGCUGGUCCAGAUUCAUUUUACUUAGAACGGAACCACAUGGACCUGGAAUCGGACCUUAGGUAUUUGGCACCGUUACCUUCCCAUGUGGUGAAAAAUGACCAUGUUAGAAAGUUCUUCAGCACUUCAUCUCCUUCACAGCAACUUCAGAGUUCAAAUCCUGGCAACCCUUCUCUUUAUAAAGUGGGAACUACGCUGGGAACAUCUGGAAGACCUAUAUGUGGAGUGGCUGGCAUUCAGUCUUCUCAGAAUCACGUUCAGCACUCGGCUGCUGCUCCCGUUGCACUACCCCAUUGCUCCCACGCGGGAGGUACCGGCUCCUCGCUGGCCUAUCGCACCCCGAUGGACACCUCUUCUUCACCCAUGUUAAUGUCUUCCAGUCCACAGACCCCUCAGACACAGGAGCAAAACGGGAUCUUAGACUGGCUCAGGAAACUGCGGUUGCACAAAUACUAUCCUGUCUUCAAACAGCUCACGAUGGAGAAGUUUCUGAGUCUUACUGAGGAAGAUCUGAAUAAGUUUGAAUCCCUCACCAUGGGAGCAAAGAAGAAGCUCAAGACCCAGCUAGAGUUGGAGAAAGAAAAAUCGGAGAAACGGUGCCUAAACCCCACAACACCUUCUUCAGUUACCAGCAGCGGUGUGGCGAGGGUUCCCCCUACUACGCACGUAGGACCUAUCCAGAGUAUUCGUGGCAACCAUGCUGCAGAGCUGCGAGUGGACGUGGAUCAGCCAGCCCACCCACUGCCCCGGGAGGGCAGCUCUUCCGAGUACUCCAGCUCUUCUUCCAGCCCCAUGGGGAUCCAGACACGGGAAGAGAGCUCGGACAGCGCCGAGGAGAACGAGAGACGUUUAGAGAUUCACUUAGACGGUUCGGAAAAGGAGAAGCCGGUGAUGUUACUGAAUCACUUCACUUCGAGCUCUGCCAGGCCCACGGCUCAGGUCUUACCAGUGCAAAACGAUGCAGGCUCCAAUCCGUCCAGCCACCACGCUCUGCCAAUGCAAAUGAUGUCAGCGGGCUCUACUCAUAUCACCCCCAUUCGGAUGCUAAAUUCAGUGCAUAAAUCAGACCGCGGCAAUGCAGACAUGAAGCUACUUUCAUCGUCUAUGCAUUCACUUUUAUCUUUAGAAGAAAGAAAUAAAGUUUCUCCUGGACCUAGGGGCAGCAUAAAAAUGGAAAAGAGCUUUGGAAAUGCCGUGGUGGAUGUAAUGUCUGCAUCUUCUCCCCACCAGCCCUUGCAAGUGCUGUCAGGGGCUGCUGAGAACAGCUCGCCCACGUCUACUAUUAACUUUGGUCCUCGAACCAAAGUCGUACAUGCUUCGACUCUGGACAGAGUGAUAAAAACAGCUCAGCAGCCAGGAUUAAUAGUAGAAACGAGUACUGCUGCCACUGUAACAUCCAGCACAGUCUUCCACGUGGCUCGUCCACCCAUCAAACUCCUGGUGUCUUCGUCUCUUCCUACUGAUUCUGCCAUUGCCGGACAGACUUCCUGCUCCAGUAAUAUGCAAAUAACGGUGUCCCCUGCAAUAAUAAAUCCCCGGACUGCUCUGUACACAGCCAACACCAAAGUUGCCUUUUCUGCAAUGAGCAGCGUGCCAGUGGCGCCAAUGCAAGGCAGCUUCUGCGCCAACAGUAACGCCGCCUCCUCCAGCAGCCACCCCCCCACGUCAUUUGCAACCAUGGCGAAUUUGCCCAGCUGCCCCGCACCCAGCUCCAGCCCCACGCUCUCAUCCGUUGCUGAGAACAACUUCUACAGCAGCAGCAGUAGCAGCAGUAGCAGCAGCAGCAGCAGCGGCGGCGGUGGCGGCGGAUCCGCAGGGAGCAUCCCGGUACCAAACCAGAACCAUCACCACCAUCACCACCAGCAGCAGCAGCCGCAGCCGCCGGGGUGCAUGGUGUGCAGCUCCUGCGGGUGCAGCGGGAACUGUGGUUCGAGCGGUAUGACCGUCAGCUACGCUAACUAUUUCCAGCACCCGUUUUCAGGACCUUCAAUGUUUACUUUUCCGUUUCUGCCCUUCAACCCUUUGUGUAGUAACGGCUACAUCAACACGCAGCAGUACAACAGCAGCACGACUUUCCCCGUCGUCCACACCGCCUACAACAGCGGUUUAGCACCGGACUCGGUAAUGACUGGGCAGUCGACGUUUGCGGUACCGCCAAUGCAGAACUUUAUGGCAGGGACAGCAGGGGUGUAUCAGGCACAGGGAAUGAUGGGAAACAGCAAUGGUUCGAGUCACAAAAAAAAUGGGAAUCUCUCCUGUUACAACUGCGGGGCCAGUGGUCACAGAGCUCAGGACUGCAAACAGCCUCCGAUGGAUUUCAAUCGACAAGGUACGUUUAGGCUGAAAUACGCUCCUCCCUCUGAAAGUCUCGACUCCACAGACUGAUGUUUUAUCAUCUGGCGAGAAAAAUACUGUAAGCCAUGGAGAUAUAAGGAGAUUGAACUACAAAACUGAGACGUCCAGUUGCUGUUAAGCUUAAUGUAUUUUUUAAUCCAAAGGUGCUUUACUUUAUUAGACUAGGUAGAAAAUCUAGCUUAGGGGUGCGUCAAACCCAUUUUUGAUUGCCAAAUUCAAGCUUGGAUCUUGUUGUUGGAACUUCUGACCGCGUGUCACGGGCCCGAUGCGUGCUGGAGCUGGAUGGAUGGUGGAGCUGGGCAGCUGCAUUUUCUGUUGCAAAUACGACCACCGACGGACUUUUUUUUUUGCCGGAGAAUGUUGCCAUAUGUGGACUUUCUAAGGUGAAACGUCAAACUCCAGGGCAGCUACAUUCUGAAGUGGAAGCUGGAGGCUGAAGGUAGGAGCGGCCGUUUGCCGGAAGGACUUUGGCGCCCCUGGGCUAGGUAAAAUGUCUACUUUUUUUCAAAAGUGAUCAGGCACUAAUCUCUGGGAUUUUUAAGGAUUGCACUACAGAAGAAUGUAAAACUCUUCAAGCUUUCUGCACUUUUAGCAGACGGUGUCACUCUGAGACCAGUGCAAGAGGCAAAGAAGUUCCAACUUUUAAAAAUUGGCACCAGCAGGCUACGUGACUUAACGACACAACACAAACCUUAAGUCAGUCUCUCCGUUCCCUUCCAAAAGAACACACACGGCAGUUUCGGUUCCUUCCGGAAACAAACUUGUGCUUCGUUGUCUCACUGAUGACUAGAUAGUGCUGGGCUCCCAGCGGCGGAAUAAACUUAGUGUCCAAGGGUCCAAGUCCCAGAGACUCCAGAGGCAUAAAGGCUUCAAGGAUCUUUUCCUGUAAUACACAAAACAAACCUUUACGUCCUGUUACUGUACAUAGGUCUCUUUCACAGAAACCUUAUUAUUCUGCUUUUGUAAAUGAAUUUUAAACCAUCCUUUAAAAAAAAAAAAAAAAAAAAGACCAACUCUGGCAGCAGAGUUUGUAAGCUUUUGCUUUACUUUAUAUAAAAUAAACCCUUUGACUCCUACCCCAAGGCUUUUGCUACAGGAUUCAGACGUGGUAGAAGUCAAACAUGUAAAAGGUAGUAAACUUCAUUAUUAUCAAGACUUUGAAGGAUUUAUCGUCAGCCUCCUUCGUUGCAAUAGAUUGUAGAUGACUAGCUUUGGUGUUAACUACUUAGCGUACAUAAUUUGUGGGUGACAAAUCUAAAUUAGGACUUGAGAGGAAGCCAAACAAAUCUCGAACUGCUAAUUUGAAACAGUUUGGUCCUGUCUGGUUGAAAGAAGAUACUAAUCCUCGUGGCUCACCCGAGGAAUUUGACAGCGUCAAAUGGGUGAGGCCUUCUCCUUAAAAAUGUCUGACAGAGAGAUAUUUGCAUAUUGUAAUUUGGAAGACACCUUUAAAGUCUGAAGCCUUGUUUACACUUGGAGGUAUUUCUUACACCGGUUUAGACCGCACCAGGACGAGCAGUGUGUGUGGUGGCGCAGCUGGCUUUGGCUGGGAAGCCAGGGAAGCCGUACCCGAGGAGGAGGUUUGGAGGCGGCGCGGAGCUCCCCGAGGAGAUGGGCCUUAGCCGUGGAAUGGCAGCGUGAGGGGGAAACGCGGUAGCUUUGACAGCCGAGACCUUCCUGGACCCACCUUCAUAGGAAAGAAAUGUUCUGGGCCAUCCUUCGGGCGGGCGGGCAGGCGUCAGCCUCGCCGGGGAGGCAAGCGGGAGGACGGAGCAUCACCGGAGAGAGAUGGCCAGACGCCAGGCUCGGUCCAGGGAGCGAUCUGCAGCUCAAUAGCGCGUUCGGCUCCGUGGAAACCAAAAUCUGAAUUUGCCUAACGUUUGGCUUAAAAAAAAAAAAAAAAAAAAAAAAAAACAA